AAAAAUCGAUUUCUUUACACCGGACAUAACCGUUUACAUAAAUUCAAAUUCAAAGAUUUAUUUAGAACUGGCCACUCAAACUUCUUUUUUGGUUGUUUGUUUUUGUUUUGUUUUUGGCGCUCAAACCAUAGACUGUUUAAAAACAGGCUCAAACACUCGUGUGAGGGGAGUGGCGGGAACUGCUCUGCCUCUGUGUUCUAGAGCGCGAGGCGCUGCUUUCUCAUGAUCUCACCCAGGAGCUCCUCACAGCACAUCCGAGAGCCACCGCCUGAACCGCUGCUAAACUUCACUCUUCGAGAUAAAAUAUUACAUUUAUGACUUUAACUUUACGUCAUAUCAGGAUGAAUUUGUUGAAAAUUAUCUGCUACAACGUUAUUGUCCUCAUUCAUUACUGCAUGGAAAAAGGAGAGAGCAAAACCCUGCUUACACAUGAUGCUUAUUACCCCGAGUAUGUGCCAGAUCCACAGCCAUGGCAUGUUGCCCGCAGACUCUGCCUCCAGCGUUCAGGGUCCUUGGUGAUGGUGUCCAGUACUGAAGAGAUUCAAAAGCUGAACCGUUUUCUACGGUCCCUGAAUAUCACCCAACCUGUAUGGAUAGAAAGUGCAGGCAUGUUCCAAAAAAAUGGUCCUCCAGACAUAUACAUACUGGAAUUUCCAGUGCGUCCACACCGGAAAUCGGCUCGCCUCCGCCACAAGUUCCUUAACAUGGAAGCGCUUACGGUUUGUGCUCACCUCCAGCUUGAUCCCACUUGCCACGGACUGUCCACAGUCUUCUCGUACGCCAUUAGCUCGUUCAUUAAAGAAUUCCAACUCCAAGCACGAAUCACUGGGAACGACCUGGUCCACCUUGCAUUGCUGGUGCAUGGUUCAACCACCGCCUACAUAACUGGCUUUCCCAGUGAUGCCUCCUGGCACUUUGUUUGCGCGAGUUGGGUUGGGAUUAGUGGGAAGUGGGUCAUCUGGGUGAAUGGAACGGUUGUGGGUUCUGGGAAUUCCCUCAACUCAACCAAUCACAUCGAAGGCGACGGCCUUUUCAUGAUCGGACAAGACCAGGAGACCUACGGAGGCUACAACGGCGACAAGGCGCUUUGUGGGAACGUUACACAGCUGUACAUGUGGGAUCGUUUGUUAGUCGACGCUGAGGUUCAAAGCAUGGGAAAACUUUGCUCAGCUGUCCCUUCUGGUUUGUUCUUCAAGUGGAAUGAGGCCGCACUGGAAAUAGAGACGUCCCUGCAGACUCGUAGAGGGAGAUCGCCGUGUGAAGGUUCCAAAAUCCAACCACAAGACCAGCUUGUCAACUCUGGGUUGUAUCCAAGUUUGCAUCAGGCCUGUGUAGCCUUUGACCCUGCAAGUGGAAAACGUAUCAAUGACUCAUGUUCAACACAAAGAGGAAGUGUUUGUCUGUUUCCAAAAGAGCAGCUGGACUUUGGUUUUCCUGGAACCUCGUUCUUCUCACAAGUCAGCCACGAGAUUUAUUCCAAAUGGGAGGCAAAUGUAACCUCAUUCGUUGAGAAUGAUCUGACUCGUCAUGUUUCCCUCUUGAGUGCCAUAUUGAGUGUUAUGGACAGCAGAGCAGACAUCAUCACACAUUCUGAUCUUUUGUACCUCACCGAGACCAUUGAGAAGGCCACUCAACUCGAUAAAAUAGCCGUUCCCACUGAAGUCUUCAUAUCUAUGAUCCGCAAUUGUUUGGAAAUGGUCAGCAGGCUCAUCAACCCUGAUAUGGCUGAACAUUGGGAGGAUUUGAUAGCACAAGGGAAUUACCUAGGACCGUUGACAAUGCUGGAGAACAUCGACAAGCUGUUGUGGAGACUGGCAGAUGCUCUCUGGAUCGAGCACAAAAGCUUCACAAUGUCAACAAAGAACAUGGAUAUUCAUCUGGAGCCGCGGAGGCUGGCGCAGAUGAGCUGCGGUUGUGUGUUCAAGCCCUCGGUUCACGCCAGUCAGUUCAGCAGCCAUGAUGAGAUCCUCAUACCAGAGUCAGAAAUUCAGAGGGUCUUUUCUCUGGGCCACAAGGAAGUGAUGCUUAUUCAUACCUACUACAGUAACCUGUUAGAGAUGUUGUCUAGACUGGAGAUGAAAACCCUUGCUGACCAACAGGCAGACAAGAGGCAUCACAUUGGUCAGCUGGCCACAGCAGUAAUCUCAGCAACAGUGCGGGAUGUUUCCAGGGCAGAAAAUGUUCCGGUCUCUGUCCAGUACACCCUAUCUUCUGGGAUAAUGGUCGAAUAUUCCAAACAAGUCAGCCCUGUCUGCGUCUUUUGGAAUAUCAUGGUGGGUCAUACAAGUGCUUGGUCCAGUAAAGGGUGCAGAGUGCUGCUUUCUCCUUCUGAUGUCACUUCCUGCUUCUGCAACCACACCACCAAUUUUGCUGUCCUCAUGAAUUAUAUGGAGCACAGGUGGAGUGCUAAAGAGGAGAGCAUUUUGACGAAGCUGACGUUUAUCGGAUCCGGAGCGUCUCUCUGCGCACUGGUGGUGACCUUGAUGCUGUUUACCGUGUUAGACAUCCCGAAAUCGGAUCGGACAUCAGUCCACAAAAAUCUUUUUGUGUCUCUGACUUGUGCUCAAAUUGUCCUUCUCUGCAGUGGUUCUGCUGUUCAUAAUAAGGUGGCCUGCAUGCUUGUGGCAGCUCUGAUGCAUUUGUUCUUCAUGGCAGCGUUCAGCUGGAUGCUGGUCGAGGGGCUGCUGCUCUGGAGCAAAGUAGUGAGCGUUAAUUUGAGCGAGGACCGACACAUGAAAUACUACUACCUGAUUGGCUGGGGUCUGCCUGUGCUGAUCGUGACCAUCACACUGGCCUCUGCCUCUGGAAAAUACUCAGCGGACGGUCACUGCUGGCUCAGUGUUCAGAACGGCGUCAUAUGGGGCUUUGCAGGCCCAGUCAUCUUCAUUAUUAUGGUGAAUAUCAUGAUUGUGUCCCGUGUGGUCAUGAUCACCAUCGCCACAGCCAAGAGGAGAUCUCUGAUGAUGACCCUGAACACCAGCCCAGAAGAGCAAGUCUCCGAGCAGAUAAGGGCGGCGGUGAAAGCCGUAGUGGUCCUGCUGCCGAUCCUGGGCCUGACGUGGCUCUGUGGCGUCCUGGUGCCGUUCUCCCUGGUUAUGGCUUACGUCUUUAGCCUCCUGAACUCGCUGCAGGGCCUCUUCAUCUUCCUGAUAUAUGGAGUGUACAACACUGAGGUUCGAAACACAGUCAACAGAAUCAAAGAAAGAAGAAAAGCCUUAAAUUUCUCCAACUGUGCCAGUUCCAGGCCCUCCAGUUCAGUGGGCAGUUCUCGGCCGGGCAGCUCUCCAGGACCAGGUGGUUUGGACGGUCAAACAGUCACUACCAGCCACUCCAGCAGUUCACUGACCCAAAGUGAUAGCAUCACCCACAGUUUCGACAAAACAAGGCAUCUGUCCCUCCCCUGUGUCCACGACAACCUAAAUGAAGACCUGCGAUGUCCUGACACUGGUAUCCACCUCUCUGGACAGGAGAACCUAAGAAAACCUAAAGACAGAUUUCCAAACGAAUGCAGUCUGAAUGUACCCAUGGAGGCCGAACGGAUACGGAUGUCCCACUGUUCACCUCCUCAGCAGAACGGCCACAUGUGUCUUCUCUGAAACACUUCUUCAAAUCCUUGUUUUGGUAAAGUGCAGAUAAAGCGUGUAAACUAUAUCCUUAAAGGGAUAGUUCACCCACAAAUGAAAAUUCUGUCAUUGUUUACUCAGCCUCAAGUUGUUCCAAACAUAUAUGAGUUUUUUCUUCACAACACAAAAGAAGAUCAUUGGUGACCAAACAGUUGAAGGUAGCCAUUGAUUUCCACAUUAUAGAAAAUAAAUGCUGAGUCAAUGGCUACCAUCAACUGUUUGGUUACCAACAUUCUUCUUUUUUUCUUCACUUUCAUUUUUGGUGGAACUAUCCCUUCAUUGUUUCUAAAUGCUUUGUAAUUUAUCUUGACGUAAAUUUCAAUUCCAAUAUGUUCAUUUGUGAUAAACUUUGAAUGUUUUACUAGAUUUUCUCUUAUUUUGUACAGGCUAUGUCUUGAAUGAGCUAAAAUGAGUUAAAUUAGUUUGUCCUCACACUAUAUUUGAUUGUGAGUGUAACAGGAUCAGCUAUGUGUUCUUGAAAUCUAAAACCUUUUUAUUUUAUUCUGGAAUCUUGACAUUCUCUGUAUCAUGUGUGAAUCUGUUCAUGUUUGUGUGAUCAGUAGGGUGCAACUCUUUCAUUGAGCAUGGAUUAUUGCCAGAGAUAGAAAUAAAACAACGACUUUUGGCAUAAUAGUCAUUUAUUAAAAUACGAUGGAAAGAUUCCAAGAGCUUGUAUGGAAACUCUUAUGGCAAGAGGUGACAUCAGAGAUGCGUGUCUGACUACGGCUUCCAGCGCACAAACAAGAGAAUCCCAAUCCAAACAUUCAGGCAGGUAAACACACAUCCAAAGCAGCUGCAGGACGUCCGGUGGUGGGGAACAAAAUAGGAACGAGGGGCACUGGAUUUCUUAAGAUUGUCGGUCUGAUCAAUACACAACAUUACAGUCACAAAACCAAGCAGAUACAAACCAAUUUUCUUAGAACUGAUAAAUAGGGCUUUAUGUACAAAUGGGGGGCGUAGAUGCCAUGCAGCAAAUGUUGAUUAAAGCCGUUGUGCUCAUACAAAAUACUGUACUUUCUACCGCAUUUUUGUCUGAAAUAAUUUACAUUGAUAAGGUGUGUAACAUCAGAAAGAUCAUGUUUGUUGCAAAAAUGUUUGAUGAUUGUGACAAGUCACCAUGGUGGUCAUUUUCACUGCUUUUCAUUGCUAAACACUUUUUGUGGACGAUAAAGUCAACACGAAAUGACAUUUGCGACCCAAUUUACUUCUGUAUUGUGACACAUUUCCAUGUAAAGCAGGUAAUUUCAUCAGAAAAAUGAUGACGAUACUUAUUUUGGUUAAAAAUUGGCCAUUGCAUGCAGAAAUAGAGCUGAAUGUGAGUUCGCAGUGGAUUUUGGGAAACUACUCCCCUUAUGAAACACCAGCACCUACGUUUGAGGAGAUUUUUCACAGGAAAACGAAGGCUGAAGGUCAAGUUUGUCGUCAAAAGCGCAAUGCCAAUGGUAAGGUUUAUUUUCCUUUUCAUUUACUGCUUUUAGUUUUUCUUGUUUUUGCUUUGUUUUAUUACUUCAGUUUGCGUUUUGUUACUUUUCCUCCGCUUUUGUUUUGCUUCCAUUUGCUUUUUUUUUUGCAUUCAUUUCCUCUGCUGUUUUGUUUUGCUCUUUAUUAAAAAAAUUUUUUUUUUCUUUUUAGUGAAAAUAUUGCCAAUAACAUAAUUUUUUUUCUGUCCUAGGUGACACAAACCUAAUAGAUAUGGAAGUAAAUUGGAUCAAUUUAGAUUUCAUGUUGACGUUAACACCAAUUUUGUAUAAUUACAGUCAAAUGAAGCAUUCAGGAAAAACAACAGCAGGCCCCAAGUAUCAAAGCUCUCAUCCAUUCAUUGUAAA